ACCAGCCCCCGCUACCAGGAAGUAAAACAUGCAGCCUGCUCCUGGACUUUGACGUGACUGAGGUUGAACGUAGUGUGAGAUUUCUCUUUGGACUGGGUGUCUGUGUUUCGUGUGGUUCGUCUUCGCCCUGUUGAAGCCUCCGUGCUGUUUCUGUCAUGGCGCAGGAAAACCUGACCGUGGUGUUGCAUUCUCCGGGAGACCUCAGGCUGGAAAACCGCCCCAUUCCUGAGCCAGAACCUAACGAGGUUUUAUUGCAGAUGCACUCUGUUGGAAUCUGUGGAUCAGAUGUGCACUACUGGCAGAAUGGCCGGAUCGGAGAUUUUGUGGUUAAGAAACCGAUGGUUGUGGGGCACGAGGCUGCUGGACGGGUGGUAAAAGUGGGCUCAGCAGUCAAGCACCUUAAUGUAGGUGACAGAGUCGCCAUUGAGCCUGGUGUACCUCGCGAGACCGACGAAUAUUUCAAAAACGGACGCUAUAAUUUGUCCCCAACCAUCUUUUUCUGUGCCACACCCCCCGACGAUGGGAACCUAUGUCGAUACUACAAGCACAGUGCCAACUUCUGUUACAAAUUGCCUGAUAAUGUGACAUUUGAGGAGGGAGCUCUCAUUGAACCUCUGUCUGUGGGGAUCCAUGCCUGCCGCAGAGCCGGUGUGACCCUCGGCAGUGUUGUCUUCAUUUGUGGUGCAGGACCUAUUGGAUUGGUCUCUUUGCUUGUGGCCAAGGCCAUGGGGGCCUCUCAGGUCAUCGUCACUGAUCUUUCUCCAGAGCGUCUGAAGAUGGCCAAACAGUUGGGAGCGGACUUCCAGCUGACGGUGAAGAAAGGAGAUGCACCCGAACAGCUGGCUAAGAGUGUACAUGACACACUGGGAGCUCAGCCUCACAUGACCAUUGAAUGCACUGGUGCUGAGAGCAGCAUCCAAACAGCCAUCUAUGCAACUCGUUCAGGAGGUGUGGUUGUGCUGGUGGGUCUCGGCUCUCCAAUGGCCACUAUUCCUCUGGUCAACGCUGCCACGAGAGAAGUGGACAUCAGAGGCGUCUUCCGCUACUGCAAUACCUGGCCCAUGGCCAUUGCCAUGUUGUCGUCAGGUAAAGUGAACGUCAAGCCCCUCGUGACCCAUCGUUUCCCUCUGGAGCAGGCAUUAGAAGCCUUUGAAACCACACGUCAAGGUGUUGGGAUAAAGGUCAUGUUAAAGUGCGACCAAAACGACCUGAACCCCUGAACUGACGCCCUGCAGAAAAACCAAAUAGACCAACUGAGAGCAAUUCAGCAUGACAGGCACAAACUGGACAUUGACCCAGUGAGAGAUAACAGAGAUAGUUCAAAGAGACACACACUGCUGACAACUGACUGCUGUAUGGCCUGCAGGUUAGACAUGUAAUCGGCAUCAAAUGGUACUAACAAUUACACACGUGGACAAAAUUGUUGGUACCCCUCAGUUAAAGAAGGAAAAACCCACAAUUCUCACUGAAAUCACUUGAAACUCACAAAAGUAACAAUAAAUAAAAAUUUAUUGAAAAUUAAAUAAUCAAAAACAGCCAUUACUUUUGAAUUGUUGAUUAACAUAAUUAUUUAAAAAAACAAACUAAUGAAACAGGCCUGGACAAAAAUGAUGGUACCUCUAUAAAAGAUUGAAAACUAUUUGACCAGAGUGACAUGAUUAACUCAGGUGUGUCAUUUAAUUGACAUCACAGGUGUUUCCAAACUCAUAAUCAGUCAGUCUGCCUAUUUAAAGGGAGACAAGUAGUCACCCUGCUGUUUGGUGAAAAGGUGUGUACCACACUGAACAUGGACAACAGAAAGCGAAGGAGAGAAUUGUCCCAGGACAUCCGAAAAAAAAUUAUAGACAAACAUCUUAAAGGUAAAGGCUAUAAGACCAUCUCUAAACAGCUUGAAGUUCCUGUGACAACAGUGGCUCAUAUUAUUCAGAAGUUCAAGACCCACGGGACAGUAGCCAACCUCCCUGGACGUGGCCGCAAGAGGAAAAUUGAUGACAAAUUGAAGAGACGGAUCGUUGGAAUUGUAUCCAAAGAGCCCAGAGCAACCUCCAAAGAAAUUAAAGGUGAACUCCAAGGCCAAGGUACAUCAGUGUCAGAUCGCACCAUUCGUCGCUGUUUGAGCCAAAGUGGACUUCAUGGGAGACGACCAAGGAGGACACCACUGCUGAAAAAAACUCAUAAAAAAGCGAGACUGGAAUUUGCAAAAAUGCAUGUUGACAAGCCACAAAGCUUCUGGGAGAAUGUCCUUUGGACAGAUGAGACCAAACUGGAGCUUUUUGGUAAGGCACAUCAACUCUAUGUUCAUAGACUCAAAAACCAAGCAUACAAAGAAAAGAACACUGUCCCUACGGUGAAACAUGGAGGAGGCUCAGUAAUGUUUUGGGGCUGCUUUGCUGCAUCUGGCACAGGGUGUCUUGAAAGUGUGCAAGGUACGAUGAAAUCUGAAGACUAUCAAGGCAUUCUGGAGAGAAAUGUGCUGCCUAGUGUCAGAAAGCUUGGUCUCAGUCGCAGGUCAUGGGUCUUCCAACAGGACAACGAUCCAAAACACACAGCCAAAAACACCCAAGAAUGGCUGAGAGAAAAGCGUUGGACUAUUCUAAAGUGGCCUUCUAUGAGCCCAAAUCUGAAUCCCAUUGAACAUAUGUGGAAGGAGCUGAAACAUGCCAUUUGGAGAAGACACCCAUCAAACCUGAGACAACUGGAGCUGUUUGCUCAUGAGGAGUGGGCCAAAAUACCUGUUGACAGCUGUAGAACGCUCAUUGACAAAUACAGAAAUGGUUUAAUUGCAGUGAUUGCCUCAAAAGGUUGUGCAACAAAAUAUUAAGUUAUGGGUACCAUCAUUUUUGUCCAGCCCUAUUUCAUUAGUUUGUUUUUUUAAAUAAUUAUGUUAAUCAACAAUUCAAAAGUGAUGGCUGAUUUUGAUUAUUUAAUUUUCAAUACAUUUUUAUUUAUUGUUACUUUUGUGAGUUUCAAGUGAUUUCAGUGAGAAUUGUGGGUUUUUCCUUCUUUAACUGAGGGGUACCAACAAUUUUGUCCACGUGUGUAUUUAUGAUACUCAACAUUGUUUUAUAACAAACAUUUUACACGUUGUAAGACUGUAUGUAAUCAGCAAUUUCUUGCAUUCUUAAUUUACGAUCUUUUAAAAUGCUGUAAUGGAGUAAAGAAAAUCUUCUAAAUUACAAA